UCCCAGGUUCUGUCUCUGAUCUCUCUUUCGGUUUGCCUUUGUUUUAAGGUUUUGUAUAUGAUAUCUGAUAAAAAGAACAUCAUCUUGCUUGGGGUCUGCUUUGUUUUUGUGUUGCAUGGUAAUCCUUCUAUGAUUUGGAAGGGAACUAAAUCAGGAGCCAUCUGCAGCCCUGCAAUCAAGCUAGAUUGAAUCAAACAAUGUCUGCUUAUGGCCAUCAAAUGGAGCGAGAGUUCUCCGGCCAAAGUCUCUUGAGUCCAGGAGACAGUGGAACGGAGAUCGGAAGCCGUUACAUCAUCGAGUCGGGAUUCUACAUGACAUCUUAUGCUGCAACAAUCUUCAUUGCUGGUCUUCUAAUCAUUGGGGUUCUAUUAGUAACAUUGGUGGUUUCAUUAGCAGUAAUGUUGCAAUCAUGUGAGAGUCGGAGCAAGGGGAUGGUCGAGAUCGAGAAAGAAAGAAACAGUCACCAUUACUGCCAGAUUCUCGCGCUGCACGGGAAGCUCAAUGGGUUUAAACCCGAUGAAGUUCCUCCCGUCUGCAGGAGUCUCGCUGUUAGACAUAUCGAAGCAGUAGGGUACACAAGAGAUUUGGAGUUCACAAUGCGGAUGAUCGAAAGCUUUUUCGAUUCCAUUUCGCCAUCGAACGAUAGUGUGGAUGUGGUGUUAAUGGACAUUGAUGACAUCCUUGCUUCAGAUCCUCGGUCGAACAAACAGGAUGGCUGCAUCGAAGGCGCAAUGUAUCGGAAGCAACGACGGACACUCGAAUUAUACAUGAAACUGCAUUUCAGAGGAUGGUCUUUGAUUCUGUUAUCGAGGAAGCCUGAGAGACGACGAAUUGUUACCAUUGAAAACCUUAAUUCUAUAGGAUAUAGUGGUUGGUCUUCUUUGAUUAUGAGGUCAGAUCGAGAAACGAAAAUGGAAACAAGCGAGUACAUCUCUAGACGAAGAAGAGCAUUGAAGGAAGAAGGGAAUGAAAUAAUCAGUGUGAUUAGCAGCCAAAUGGAUGCUUUAACUGGCUGGUCUUUGGGAAUUCGUGUAUUUAAGCUUCCAAAUGUAUCACAAUUUUGAUAAUCACCUUGAAAA